AGAAGGGAGCAGAGCCAAAGAAGAAGACCUCUCAGUCACAUCACAUCUUGGAUUUAAAGUCUUCUUGCUGAUAGUUCCCUCUGAACCCACUGUUACAUCUGACAACAGGUAGCUGUUCACGGUCAGGAUGCAGCUGUCAGUCCUGCUGUUCGGGCUCCUGCAGCUGUCCUUUGUCAGUGGGGGACCCUCCGUCCGCAGCGAUGUUCAGCCCGCCGGCAGCGGUGUGUCCCGCAACAACAGCAGCAGCAGCAGCGGCGGCAGCGGCAGGGCGCAGGUCCCACAGAGCACAGGGUCUGUGAACACCGGCAGAAAGAGACCUCUGUUUGCAAGGAGAGGACAGUAUGAACGACAGAGAGUGCAGAAACCGAAAAGGGUUCCUCAAAACGUCCCUCCACCUCCACCUCCACCUGACGCGGGAGUCAAACCUACAAAGCCAAAGUGCUCUCAGCUGACUCAGAGCUGCACGCCGCAGUCUGGGUGCUGCGAGACAGGAGCAUCGUGCCACUGCCGCUUCUUCAACGCAAUCUGCUUCUGUCGGAGGUCGAACUCGUUACCAAAGAAGAACAAAACUUAGUGAUUGAGACUAAAACUCAGACUGCAGGCUCACGAAUAGAGGCCAUCACACACUGACAAGAUUGAGUUGUAGUACAAAGUUUACCACAACAAGCUCAACACACAUAUUGAUGCAUUGUAAGGAAAGGAUCAGAGGCAUCAUUAUGUAAAAUCGUCAUCUUUAUACGGUAAAUAUGAAGAAGUUUAUACCUCUUGUUAAAGGCAGCUGCUUACAAAGCUCAACACUAAUAAUGAAGCUUUGCCUUAAACGCACUCAUUAAACAGUACUUUUUAUAUUUCUUUACUAUCAUCAGUAUUUCACUUCAUACUGCUGACAGUGUUGUACUAUUUCAUCAGCUGUCUCAUGUCUUAGGUCCUGUUUUCCUUGUGGUUUUGUUGAUCGUAUGACCCCUGAUACUAAACGCAGGGAAAACUAAGAACAUUCAAGCACAUCAUCUUCAUUUGACAACACAUGCACAGCAUUUAAGAAAAGCUCUGCAGUAAAGGCAAGAAGCCACAGACACAGUUAAAGGCAGUAAAUGCCAACAAUACAAACAACAGUCCUGUGUGUUGUGGCAUUUGGUUGGGUUGUCUGUAUUUCGGUGCAUUUUCUUAAGUCUGCAAAUUCUUGAAGAUCUUUUUUAAUCUCUUUGUGUUUAAUGGAGAUGCUUGUGUUUUUUGUAUGACAUUGUGCUGAGCUCUCAGGGCCACUGUAAUUAUGCUCUGUGUUGUUAUGAUUUAACAAUUAAGCUUUUUUCUAGGACUGGGUGACACAGUUUUUUUAAGAUAUACUGUUAUAUUUUCAAG